AACAAUUGUUGCUGUUAUUGUGGCAGACAUUUUUGGGUAUGGAAACGAACGGUUGGGAAAGAGGCGAGCUGGAGCCCCCAGACGCCGCCCAGAGGUGGUGGUGCUGGGGGUUGUCGCACCGCCCAUGCGGGGGUCCCAGGGGUCGCCUCUCGCUCACCACCAGCCCCACCAGCGCCCCUCCCCGGCGGUGCCGCCUCCGCCGUCCGCUGAGGCCAGACGGAGCGGACCCCGCACCGCAGGGCGAGGCCUGCCCGGCCCCUGCCGCCGCCUCACUCACCGACCCGGCGUCGACCCCGGCCCGCGCGCCCUCUAGCAGCGCCCCCGGAACCUCAAGCGCCGCUGACCCAAGUGACCCGGAAGCGGUAAAAAAGAAGAAACAACCCCUCAGGCAGGCGCGGGGCGAAGACGCUCUUUCCGCUCCGUCUCAGCGGGCCCCGCCCUCCUCACCAGUCUCCUCCAAUCAUUGCCGAGGGUCUCAUGGAUACAAAAUAAUGGAGAGCAAAAGGAAGGCAAGCAGCCUUACCCAGAAAGACCCCAUAAGAACAGAUCUUCAGGGGGCAGAGGAACACUCCCAGGGGAGAAAUUUGGACAGCGGCAGUCAGGAAAGAGACUGCGAGAGCCAGAGCAAGCCAGGGAGGCAGCAGAGGAAAACCACAGCCCUUAGUAGGACGUUUGGUGUAUCAUCCCAGUGCAAGGAAGGCAUUGAAAGGCUGAAGGAUCUCCUGGCCCUGCAAAGACCCCUCGUGAGGCCCACCAUCUGCAAUGAGUGUGGCAAGGGCUUCAGCCGCAGUUCGGACCCCGUCAGGCACCAGAUCACCCACACAGGGGAGAAGCCCUACACCUGCGCUGUCUGUGGCAAAGGCUUCAGCCAGAACUCCAACCUGCUGACCCACCAGAGGAUACACACAGGAGAGAAGCCCUACCAAUGCAGGGACUGCAGCAAGCGCUUCAGUGAGAGCUCUGCCCUUAUCCAGCAUCAGAGGACCCACACGGGAGAGAAGCCUUACACGUGCGUGGAGUGCGGGAAGCGAUUCAGCGUGAGCUCGAACCUAAUCCGUCACCGGCGCACCCAUACGGACGAGAGGCCUUAUAUCUGCGAGGAGUGCAGGGAGGGUUUCCAGCACAAGUCGCAGCUCAGGAGGCACCAGAAACUGCACGUAGCUUAGCGUUUGGGGUAGGGGUGAGCUACAAAACCAAACCGCAUACUGUGUAAAAGAGCAGGCCGAUAUGUAAAACUGAAACAGGUUUUUGUAGGGAAUGUUCUCGUGCACAUUUUCUGAACUCAGAUCUACCUGCAAACAGAAAGUUAAAGUUGAUCCUUCCAAGUUAAUUUUCCCACCCAUUGCUCUCCUGUACAGGUUUUAGGCUGCAAUCCUAUACACACCAAACCCAAGGGAACUUAGGUCUAAGAAGGCAUGCGAGGAAUUGCACUGUUGAUGGGUUUAAGAAAAAAUUGGGUGUCAGAAACACUUUACUAUGACCAUCUUGAAGUGAAUCAGCAAAGCUGAAAAGUUAGGCUUUAAAUAUACUUCCAAGUCAGGUUUUGAAACUAAACUUUGAAAAAUCACUCACAUUCCAAGUUUUGGCUCUAGUUUGGUUGUAUAUGGGAUCAAAAGCACGUGAGGAUUCUAUAUUUUGGGACUCAAUAGCCUGGUUCUCAUGCUGCGCUAGGAGAAGCCAAACACACACAGGAUCCAGAAGAGAUGGUAGCCAAUUUACUCCUUUUUAAAAAAUUAUAAUUUUCAUUUUACAACAAACAAAAGCAAAACCUAUUAAAAAGCAACUUACUGCAUGUGUCAUAUUUCGACUCCCCUCCCCCUCUUUCUGCGGUUCCUUACAUUUAUAAUAUUUUUACUGCAUUUCCAAAUUAAACCUAUUUAUUUAUCCCAUAUAUUCAAUAUAUGUUUUAUAUCACUGCACGUUUUUACAUUAAUCCUGCUAAUGUCUUAAUCUGUUUACAAUAGUCUUGUAAAUAUUCAAUAAACAGUUUCCAUUCUUUAUUAAAAACUUUGUCCUCUUGAUUUCUUAUUCUUCUGUUAAACUUAGCCAUUUCUGCAUAAUCUAGUAGUUUCUGUCACCAUUCCUCUUUUGUCAGGACAUUUUCUUCUUUCCAUCUUUGGGCGA